UUCGAAACAAAAAAUAGCUAUCCGGUAUAAACCAAAACAAUAAGAGCGUUUUAUUUGAAAACAAAAUUCAAAUGGAUGAAAUCAAUGUAGAAUAUUUUAUAUCCUUAGUCGAAGUACAUGAAUGCAUUUGGAAUAAUUCGGUAAUAAAUGCUGAAAGUUUACCGAAAAUUGAAUCUGCGUGGUCAUCAAUUGCUUUUAUAAUAUACGAAAACUUUGAUGCCCUAAAGGGAAAACAGAAGUUUUGGGUUAAUAAUCUGAAAAGGAAAUGGAAAUCAAUACUUAGUAAAUUUAAAACCCUUGGAAAAGACUAUGAGCAUUUUCAUUUACUGCAGUUUUUGGCAAAAUCGAAUAAAUUUAACUCACUUACUUUUGAAGGCGAAACAAAGUUUGCAAACUCUGAACCAUUGAAAUGCGGGGAGAUCUUAUUUACCGAAAAUGUUUAUAUUUAUAAAUGCUUGAUUUGCAACAUAUCAUUUGCUUCGUUAUAUUCUUUUGAAACACAUAUUUCUACAGUACAUAGUUUGCCUUUACUGGAAGAAAGGAAAAACGAAAAUUUAGCUGAAGUCUCAAAUGGAGAAAAUAUAGAAUAUUUAAUUGAAGAUUUUUGCGAAGAAAAUAUUAAGAAAGAAUUUAAUAUUCAAGAAAGGUUUAAAAAACCAAACACAAAAGAGGAAGUAACAGAAAUAUCAACUUCCGAGCAAAUGAUUGUUAUGAAUGAAGCAAAAGUCGAUUAUUUUGAUGAAUUUAAAAAUCAGGAAAACAAUUCACAUAAGAGACUUAAGCAUACGAAUCAAAUUGAAUGCCCCCAUUGUUCAAUCAUUUUUGAAUUAAAUGAACAUGAUAUCAAUCGCUGCUUCGAAAUACAGGAUAUGAUUUUAAAGCUUAACGGUGAUCUUCGAGCCUUACGAGAUGAAGGAAUAUAUCAUUGUGACCGAUGUUCUAAAUAUUUUGAUUCUUCAAUUAAAAUGCACAAUCACCGGAGAAGAGAACAUUAUGAAAUAUGUCCAGUAUGCAAAAUUCGUUUAUUAAAUAUAGAAAAUCAUGUUAUCUCACAUCACACUGAUAUUGAUUAUAAAAAGUUAAAAAUUCCAGAUUCGUUUAAUUCUGGAAUGUUUGAAUGUAAAUUUUGUGAUAAAGUUUUUGAGGCAAAAGAUAUAUGGCUCAGACAUAAAAAUAAAUGUUCAAUUACAAAGCAAGAAAAUCAUAAAUUCAUAAGUUUAUCUUGAAUUCCUGCUUAAAACAACAACUUAUUUUAAAAGUCUUGCAGCAAUUU